AUGGGUGGACAACUUUCAGUGGAAACACAGUUAAAGCGGAUCAUUCCGAAACUCGACUAUGCCCAGCACAAAGGUAGUUGUGGCAAGGUGGCUAUUCUUGGUGGGAGUGUUGAGUACACUGGGGCGCCAUAUUUUUCGGCGAUGACUGCUUUAAGAGUUGGCUGUGAUAUUUCCCAUGUUUUCUGUCACGAAGAAGCUGCGACGGCGAUAAAAGCGUAUUCUCCAGAGUUAAUUGUCCACCCGUUUUUUAAGCAAGACUAUAACUUGGAAGACUGCAUAAAGUGGGCGGACACAAUUCAGUGUUUUGUUGUUGGUCCAGGCUUGGGGCGUGACCAAUACAUCUUAGACAUAGCCAAAGCUGUGUGUGGGGUAUUACUGAGUAAAGGCAAACGCAUUGUAUUUGACGCGGAUGGUCUUUUCAUGAUCACUAAAAAUAUCGAGAUGAUCAAAAACAAGAAGAACGUCAUUUUAACUCCAAACGUUGCUGAGUACGGGAGGUUGUGCGAGGCUGUUGGUCUCCCUGUAUAUGCGGACGUGUACAGACUGGCCAAGGAGUUAGGAGGAGUCACCAUAUUUCAGAAAGGGAGAGUCGAUGUUAUAUCAAAUGGGACGUAUACAGUGCAGUGUAAACACAGUGGUUCUCCAAGAAGAUGUGGCGGACAGGGGGAUCUGUUAAGUGGCGCUUUGGCGGCUUUUAUAGCAUGGAGCGUUCUGGCCCCAAACACCGACGAAAAUGAUUUAUUAGUGAGUGGGGUGGCAGUGAGUGCGUUAAUUAAAGAAUGUAACGCUGCUGCUUUUAAACAAAAAGGACGUGGAAUGAUCGCAACUGAUAUGUUGGAUAACAUUUCUUUCGUUUUUAAUCAAAUCUUCGAAGAACCAAAUAUGAAAUUGAAUUACAGUUAA